AUGGCGACCAACUCAAAUUCGGCGACAGCAAAUUCUAGUAAUUUAGAUACACGAGUGGCAAGAAUUCAGCGAAGUCUGACCGAUCAAUUACAUGGUUACCUUGGAAUUCUUCUAUCUGCCUUCGAAGAAGAAGGACCCCGUGUAUUAGAGUCAUUUGAUUUACCUGGUGCUGCUGAAUACAUGAGUAAAUGCUCAAACGUUGUUGUCAUGUGUGGUGCCAGUAUAUCAACUAGCGCCGGUAUACUGGAUUUUCGUUCACCUGGCACUGAGCUCUAUUCCAAAUUAGAGAAAUGCAAUUUGCCAUUUCCCGAAGCAAUAUUUCAAUUGGACUUUUUUCGUGAGAAUCCAAAACCAUUCUUCGUGUUGGCUAAAGAACUGUAUCCAAAUAAGUUUAACCCAACAUCGACUCAUUACUUCAUUCGACUAUUGAAUGAGAAAGGCAAACUACUACGUACAUUCACAGAGAAUAUCGACUCAUUAGAACGCAUUGCUAAUGUACCAACGGAGAAAAUUGUCGAAGCUAAUGGGACGUUUUUUACUGCACAUUGUUUGGAUUGUCAAGAGGAAUACUCAUUAGAGCAAAUUAAAGACACUAUUUUUAAAGAUGAAAUCCCAUAUUGCAAUAAGUGUACCGGAGUUAUUAAACCGGAUAUAGUCUUUUCCAAUGAAAAUCUACCAAAACGAUAUGAUGAAUGUGUUAAAAGUGACUUUGCCAAAUGUGAUUUUCUCAUUAUUAUCGGCACUUCACUAGCAGUAGCACCAUUAUGUACUCUCAUUUCACAUGUUGAUAAUAAUUGUCCUCGACUAUUGAUCAAUAUGGAACCAGGUGGUCAUACAUUUUCAUAUCUGAUACCUUUUGGAACUACGUUGAUGUUCAAUUCGCGAAAAAAUCGUCGUGAUGUCUUUUAUAAAAGUACUUGUGACGAUGGAGUAAUGCAACUAGUAAAAUUAUUAGGUUGGGAGAGUGAUUUCAAAAAAUUACUACAAAAAGAAGGCAUAUCGAUCUCAUCAGUAUCAGAGAAAUCUACUACUUCUUCUAGAACGAAUGUUUCAUCGACAAAGACAACUACUGCGGCUGAUUCUACUGUCCCGAAGCAUCCAAAAUUCACUUCGACAAAGAAAACAGUCGAUGCUACUUCAUCAAAAAGUGAAGUGAAAGAUAAUGCCAAAUAA